GGUUUAGUGUUGAGUGAUCGCUUUAGAAUUAACUGGUGUUCAUUACGCUAGUAUUACAUAAAUACCGAGAUGUUUUUUUUAAUAAUAUUCGUUUUUAUUUUAUUGGUGCUUUAUGUGAUAAAAGAGAUGAAAAGGCCGCAAAAUUUUCCUCCAGGUCCUAUGUGGUUACCAUUUAUUGGUAAUCUGCACGAACUGAAAAAAUUGUCCAAAUUUUUGGGAGGUCAGCAUCAUGCACUACAAGAAUUAGCUCAUAAAUACAACACUAAUGUACUAGGAUUAAAAUUAGGAAGCGAGUACAUAGUUACUGUUUUUACCUAUCCUCUUAUCCGAGAAGUUCUAACUAGUGAAGAAUACCAAGGAAGACCUGAUAAUUUCUUUUUAAGACUGCGCUGUAUGGGAAAAAGAAAUGGCAUUACGUGCACUGAUGGAGAAAUGUGGAGUAAUCAACGAAAUUUUGUUAAUCGCCACUUAAGAAAUUUAGGUUUCGGUAAAAAACAAAUGGAAGAAAUGAUACGAGAAGAAGUGGUUGAAGUACUGAACAUUUUGUACACCGAUGGAGGCGAUAUUAAUGUUGACAAGUUCUUAGCACCCAGUGUUCUAAAUGUUAUAUGGGCAUUAAUAACGGGUGAACGAAUAUCUAGGGACGAUAGUCAAUUAAAGGAGUUGUUAGAUUUGUUCAAUCGUAGAUCUAAGGCCUUUGAUAUGACUGGUGGUACUCUUUCCUUGUACCCAUGGCUGAGGUACAUUUUACCCGAAUGGAGUGGUUAUAAUUUAAUCCAAAGGGUGAAUGCCAAUAUGAAAAAUUUUUUCAUGAAAACCAUUUACGAGCACCAGCAGUCGUGGAAAGAAGGAAAAAAUGAUGAUUUAAUAUAUCGAUAUAUUUCUGAAAUGAGAGCAAACAAUAAUGAUGAUGAAGAUUUUAUUGAGGAACAGUUGGUAAUGAUUUGUUUAGAUUUAUUUAUUGGGGGUGCUCAAACGACCAGUGGAACAUUAAAUUUUGCUUUUCUUUUAAUGAUAAUGUAUCCUGAUAUACAGAAAAAAGUACAAAACGAAAUUGAUGAAAAUUUUGAAAAAGGAUCUAUUAUAGACUAUUCCGAAAGACAUAAAGUUCCUUACGUAGAAGCAGUAUUAAUGGAAAUUAUGAGGUUUCGCCAUGUGAUUCCGGUGAGUGGUCCCAGACGAGUGAUGCAAGAAACCACUUUAGAUGGAUAUACCAUACCAAAGGAUACUACGGUUUUAAUAAGUUUAUAUUCAGUUCAUAAUAGUCCGGAAUAUUGGAAUAACCCUGAAAUUUUCGAACCAGAACGAUUUUUGGAUGAAAAGGGUUGCUUAAUAACCAAUGAACGGCUUCUUCCAUUUGGACUAGGGAAAAGACGUUGUCUAGCGGAAGUUUUAGCAAAAACUUGCAUAUUUAUGUUUUUUGUCGAAAUUUUAAGAAAAUAUACAGUUUGUCUUGCUCCAGGAUCAGAACCGCUUACUGAAAAAUAUAUUCCUGGAAUAAUAUUGUCUCCUACACGUUAUCAAGCAAGAUUUGUAGCAAGGACAACAAAUAUAUGAAUCGUAACCGCGUAACUUAGUGUAUAUUUACUUAAAUUGAAAUUGUGUAUUAUUUAGAAUUGUCAUAAAAUUUGCAAAAGAUCUCAUCCUUAACGAUUAUUUUUGAUGAAAAUAUCUAACAGUAUA